AUGUCUAAUCGUAAAGAGGUUAUUAUUGAAUCCGAUAAAGAGGCAUAUUCAGACCACAAUUUGUCUGAGGAAUCAACCUUAGGCGAUAAUGAAUCGCUCACUUCAAGUAAUAUCAUACGGGUUUCUCAAGACUUAUCAAAAUUAUUUAAUGCCAAUGAAUACUACGAGAUUUUAACACUUAUACCAUCUUUAAAUAAGUAUCCGAAUUUACCCGCUUCAGCUCGCAUUAUUAUUUCCCUUACAUUGUUUAAGCUAGGCAGAGUUGGGCCUGCUUUGCGAGAGUUGUCCAUUACAAUAGAGAUUUCCACAAAUCAGGCUGAAAAGGAGAAAUUGAUAAAGUAUUUGAUUCAAAUAUUCAAAACAUUAGGCCUGUUAGAAUGCGCUGUAUAUUCCUUCGAAGAACUUAUUAAUAUGGCCAGAUUAGAUCUUCUUAUCAGCAGCGAAAAUGAAGCUAAAGUACCAAGAAUUCAAGAACGAGUAGACAGAUAUGAAUCUGAAUUAAAUAAAUACUUAAAUUGUUAUGAAAAAGGAGGGAUGGAAAUAAUCAAUAAAACCAAUUUUAUUCCAAUACAUGAACAAGCCGAAGCUUAUAUUAAAUUUGAUGGAAGACUAAACGAUUUUUCUCUAGGAAGGUGCUGUAUUGUUACGAAAAGGCUUGUAGAUGAAGCACUUGAAGGUCUAAAUCUAUGGAAAUCAAAUUCCAAUAAGCUUCAUGUAUCUGAUCCAUUGCACAAAGUUUUUACAGCUCUAAAAUAUUUUGGACCGCUAUAUGUUUUCGAAGAGUUAAAAAGAAAAGAGGACAUGAUAAAUGAAUUUAUUAACUUUGAAAUAGAUAGGCAUCCAGAAAUUGAUUAUUCAAUUGACCCAAAAACACUUGCAAAACAAUUGCAUAGGUGGAAUCACAAAAGUUCAUCGAGGACGCUUAUGUCACUAUGUGGUUUAAUAAUUAAACAUCAAGUAGUAUCGGGAUUUUUAAAGUACUUGAAUGAGAAAUAUCAAGAAGCCAUUCAUAUUUUUAAAUGGAUCCUAAAUUUUUUCGCAGCCUUAGAUAAAAAAUUCAAAUUUUUCACAAAUAAAAAUGAAUAUUUGUCUUCAGUUACUAAACGUGUGAUCAGUAUACUAUUCUGCCAAUGCUAUAAUCUAGGUAAAUUGGAGUGCAGCCAACAGGAGUUAGGUUGUAUGUUAUCUACGUUGGUUGCAGUUGAUGACAUCAAUAUUACAACAGAAUACCUGAGUGGUAGACUAAGUGCUUACUUCAUAUCCUGUGGCUUCAUAUAUGAAAGGUUAUCAAAAAUAGAGUGUACCAAUAUAAAGGUAGAAAAUAACGAUCAAAUAGUAAUGACUACCUGUUCUCGAUAUUCUAAAUCAUACUUAGGUGAACUGAUGAGGAAAUAUUUAAUUGCUGCAACUUUGAAGGCACACGAUGAUCCCAGUUCUAUAGUUCUAUAUGACCGACUAAUAUGGGGAAUGUUAUUAUAUGGCGGUAUUCAUCUAAAAACAUUCUGGUUCUUUAUACAAUUGAGAAAUUACUUUACAAUAGAGUAUGAUUAUGGCCCAUUGAAUCUAUCAGAGCACGAGAAAUACAAAUUUUUUGCAACGGAUAAUUUAAUACAAAAUUAUACCAAUGGUUGGGCAAUAGUGUAUAAAAUACAUGCGUUGUGGGAUUCAUUGAAUGACGAAGAAAAGGAAAAUGUUUGGGACAUAAAUAAUGGAAACACAUUUUUAAUCCCUCAGAUUUUUGAUGAUCUUAAUAAAUUAAUCCUUGUUGAUCUGUUCUACGAUGAGAAUUCUUCGUACAAUGGCAAACGGUUUAUCUUUAUAUCUGAAUAUCAAAUCAAGCAUAAACUCAAGGGCCAUAUAAAGCUACCCGGAAAUAUAAUUCAGGAACAUCUUGAGUUCAGCAAAGAAUUAAUUUAUUUAUGGAGUGAUUCUUUCAUUAGAUAUCAUGGGAGCAUGCCUGAUUUCAUUUUGAAAUUAGUUCAAAAUUUCGAAUGA